UGAGAAUACUUUACCACAAUAUAAACAGGAAAUACCACAUGCUGUUUCGGUUCGGCUUCUCGAAUCAAAAAUGUUCACUUAAAAGGAACUCCUUGUUACGUUACGGAACAAUGCCUCACAAACUUGUGAGAGGGAAAAUUAUGAUUUUAACAUUGUGAGUCUUGUUUAUACGGAAUAUUUUCGACUCAGUAUGAGAGAGAUUAUUCAUGUGCAGGCAGGGCAAUGUGGUAAUCAAAUUGGAGCAAAGUUUUGGGAGGAUAUUUGCGUGGAGCAUGGCAUAGACCCAACAGGAGCAUACAACGGUGACUCAGAUCUUCAGCUACAAAGGAUAGACGUAUAUUUCAAUGAAGCCACUGGAGGAAAGUAUGUUCCCCGUGGCAUCCUAGUUGAUCUAGAACCAGGAGCUCUGGACACGAUACGAGCUGGACCUUACGGUCAGGUUUUUAAACCGGACAAUUUUGUUUUUGGCCAGAAUGGAACGGGAAAUAAUUGGGCAAAAGGACAUUAUACGGAGGGCGCUGAACUGAUAGAUAAUGUUGUAGAUAUCAUUCGCAAAGAAUCUGAAGGCUGUGAUUGUCUUCAGGGUUUUCAGCUCACACAGUCUCUGGGCGGGGGUACAGGCUCCGGUAUGGGAACAUUACUGCUGUCGAAAAUCCGGGAAGAAUAUCCCGACCGGAUGUUGGCAACCUUUAGCGUCGUACCGUCGCCCAAGGUGUCCGAAGUUGUGGUCGAGCCAUACAACGCGACGCUUUCGGUUCAUCAGUUAUUGGAAAAUUCUGAUAUGACGUUUUUCAUCGAUAACGAGGCUCUAUACGACAUCACCUUUCGGACCUUAAAAUUGACCACCCCCACAUAUGCGGACUUGAAUCAUCUUGUUUCCUUGGCAAUGAAUGGCGUCACCACCUGUUUACGGUAUCCAGGCCAGUUGAACGCAGAUUUAAGGAAGCUGGCGGUCAACAUGGUUCCCUUUCCUCGCCUCCAUUUCUUCAUUCCUGGUUUCGCCCCUUUGGUUUCCAGCGGAUCUUCGCAGUACCAAGCGCUGACCGUGCCUGAGCUCACCCAGCAAAUGUUCGACGCCAAAAACAUGAUGGCAGCUUGCGAUCCUCGUCAUGGUCGAUACCUCACCGUCGCGACGGUUUAUCGUGGCCGUAUGUCCAUGAAGGAAGUCGAUGAGCAAAUUAUGAACGUCCAAAACAAGAACAGCUCAUUUUUCGUCGAAUGGAUUCCGAACAAUGUGAAAACAGCUGUCUGCGAUAUACCUAACAAAGGUCUAAAAAUGUCCGGUACAUUCAUUGGAAACAACACGGCCAUCCAAGAAUUGUUCAAAAGACUCGGUGAGCAGUUUACGGCUAUGUUUCGGCGCAAAGCCUUUCUUCAUUGGUACACAGGAGAGGGAAUGGAUGAAAUGGAAUUCACUGAGGCUGAAUCCAACAUGAAUGAUUUGAUAUCGGAGUACCAACAAUAUGAGGCGGCCACAAAUGAAGAUGACGAGGACGAGGACAAUGAAGACAUGGAUGAAGAAGACGUUGAAUGAUUUGCUGAAGGCGAACAAGGAAAUAAUAUAUAACCCUUGUCUCGUUACCAGGACUUCGCUUCGGGGAGGGGGGCGAUGUAACUCUGGGAUCGGUCUGUGAAGUAACCACAAACGUCCCAGAUUUUGUAGGUAUUUUAGUUCUGUAUUUUUCUUACCAACAAAAACCGCUAACAGCAAUUUUUA